UAUAAAAAAAGCUUCGGGUCGUUUUUUUCAGGUUCGGUUCCUCACUCCUAAAAAGUAGUGAUAACAGUGAAGUAGAGGUUAGGUUAUGUUAUAGUGGGCAGUGAAGUGAUUGAAGUAACUUCUCAGGCCCAAAAUGAUGACUACACAGUUUUCUCGGUUUAUCCACUUGACUACAACCAGGGUUAUGAUGGGGGCAAGUAAGUCCAACCUGGCCAAAUUACGAAAGAAAACAGGGUACCCCUUUGGAAAUUGCAAAAAAGCAUUGGAAGUCAAUAACAAUGAUUUAGAAAAGGCAGAGAAAUGGCUGGAGGAUCAAGCAAAGGCUCUCGGUUGGUCCAAGGCCAUGAAAAUGGAGAGUCGCAACACACCGCAGGGCCUUGUGGGCAUUGCGUGGGACAAGCAGUACGCCGCAAUGGUAGAAGUCAACUGUGAGACAGAUUUCGUCAGUAAGAAUGAUAGGUUCCAAAAACUUGUCGACAUCGUUGCCAGAACUUGUCUGCACCAUUCCAAAACGGACAAUCCAUCACCUAAAUCCAUUUCUAAGGUGAUGUUGGAGGGUGAGGAGAUGGGAAAGCUUUUAGCUGCUGAUCAGCAGAGUCUGUCUGAUCACGUGGUGAAGAACAUCGCUAUGGUGGGGGAGCGGCUUGUGUUACGGCGGGCGGCGUUGGUCAGUGCCCAGCCAUCACUACAACUGUCUGCGCUCACACAUCCGGUCACUGGUGCCAGCGCAAAUAACACCAGUUUCCUGGGCAAGUACGGUGCAGUACUUAUCUACUCUUCGGCGAGUCGUGACGAUAGGACAGCUUCAUUGGCCAAACAGCUGUGCCAGCACGUUAUUGGUAUGAACCCAACCAAGAUAGAACCAUCGCCCGAUGAUCCGGCUCCAGCCCCAGUGAAGCCAGUGGAGAGGGAGAGAGCAGUGGGGACUGGAGAUGGAGAAGAGGAAGAAGGAGAAACAGUGGAGCCGGGUGGUGGAGAGGAGGAGACAGUCAUGAUGCGGCAGACAUUCCUGCUGGAUGCAGACCGGACUGUGGCAGACGUAGUUGCUGAGGGCAACAUCAAGGUUGAAGAUUUUGUGAGGUUUGAAUGCGGAGAAGGUCUCAACCCUGAGUCUGAAGAGGUUGCUGCCAAAGUGGCCCAAGCUGGAGGAUAGAUUAGGAGAUAACAUAUAGCCUUAAGUAAACAGGAUCAUUGUUUUGUUCAUUAAAUAUACAAUGUUACAAAAUAGUGAA